UAGGGUGGCGUCGCUUUUCAGGCAUACUCAUAGCGCAGCGAGUAUCAGCACUGGGCGGGUGUGAGGAAACCUCUGGAAAAAGGGGGUAAUUCUUGCUUAUUCUGCUUUUCUUUGAGGGACAACAAUAAACAGGCGUUAAGUUUUAAUUCAUUACAACCCUCUAAUUUAUUUAGCCUUUUGUUUCUCCGCCUGGAGCGAAAAACUCCGAGAGCGGCGAGUGAAACAUACGGGGAACAAUCGUGAGCUAGAGGCGUCUUAUCAGGACCUUGGACAGAGUGCGCGUGUAAGCUACAAUGGCACCAGUGGAGGUAGAAGAAGCUAAUUUCGUGGAGGUUCCUGUGAGUGUGGCAGUGGUGAGUGUGUUUGGUCUGGUCUUCAGUGUCUCCAUCUUUGCAUGGAUUUGCUGUCAGCGCAAGGCCAACAAGGUCAAUAACAAAACCCCACCCUAUAAGUUUGUCCACAUGCUGAAAGGGGUUGACAUCUACCCUGAGAGCCUAAAUGGAAAGAAGAAGUUUGGAGGAGAAAAGACACCCAACCAUGGCCAUGGAAAACAGACCCCAAGCCCAUCCAGUGGGCGGCCAGAGCUCCAUCUGGACCUGGAGAAACGAGAUCUGAAUGGAAACUUCCCCCCCACCAAGCCACCAGCCCUCCAACUGAAGGUGCGUAGUUCCCCAGACCUAGACAUCCCAUCCCUUCAAGGAGGCUUUGAGCAGGGUAGUAAUCGGGAGGCUGGUACUCCAGAAAGCAACCUUUCCAGUCAGGCACCAACACCGGCUGUGGAGAAGUGUCAGGACAAGGAAGGUGGCCUGGGGACACUCUUCUUUUCUGUUGAGUACAACUUUGAGAGGAAGGCCUUCAUGGUUCACAUCAAGGAGGCCCAUGGGUUGUCUCCCACUGAUGAACAGUCGUUGACCUCUGACCCCUAUAUUAAGCUGACCUUGCUGCCUGAGAAGAAGCACAAGGUGAAGACUCGAGUUCUGAGGAAGACUCUGGACCCAGCCUUCGACGAGACCUUCAGCUUCUAUGGGAUAACAUAUGCACGUCUUUCCCAGAUGGCUUUGCACUUUAUGGUGCUGAGUUUCGACCGUUUUUCACGUGAUGAAGUAAUCGGAGAGACACUUGUUCCUCUGGCUGACAUCGACCUGUCUGAGGGGCGGAUCCUCAUGAGCCGAGAUAUUAUUAAAAGGAAUGUGAGGAAGAGUGCUGGUCGUGGAGAGCUACUUCUGUCCCUCUGUUAUCAGUCUACUACCAGUACUCUGACUGUGGUGGUGCUGAAGGCCCGUCACCUGCACAAGACUGACUCCAGUGGACCCUCAGACCCUUAUGUCAAAGUUAACUUGUACCAGGGGAAGAAGCGAGUGUGUAAGAAGAAGACGCAUGUGAAAAAGUGCGCCCCCAACCCCGUCUUCAAUGAGCUCUUUGUUUUCGACUUGCCCUCAGAAGACGGUCUGCGAGACACCAGCGUGGAGCUUCUCCUACUGGACUCCGAUAGGACGUCCCGUACACCUGUCAUCGGCCGGCUCCUCCUUGGCACCUCCGCCCCUGGCACCGCCGGCGAGCACUGGCGUGAGAUAUGUGAUCACCCGCGGCGGCAGAUCGCUAAGUGGCAUGUGCUGUCCGAAGACUAGCUCUGUUGGUUACCAUACCAACAGAUGCCCAGGAACUGUCAAAUUCGUGGAUGAGUGGGCGGGAUUUGAACUGUCUUUAAUUAUGUACCCUGUCAAUCAACUGAUCUCAAUCAUACAAGUCAUAUCACAGGGGUGAGGCUUCUUCUAAGGGGUUGGCACCAGCUCGACCCAGCCAAUCAAUGAUUCCAAAGACUGUCUCAGAUGCCCAGUGACGCUUUUUCUUCAUGCUUCAUUCAAAACCUGAUCGAUCACCUCCUUGUGCAGUACCAAAUGUCAUAAAUGUUGCUCUUGCUGUUCUUCUCUAUUCACUGUUAGUAAUACUCCAUUAUGCGAUACAAGUAAAGAAAAUCCUGGUAAUGUGAUGAUGUAAAAAAACCGAAUGAUCUGUUUAUUUUAUAAAAGAAGCUUUUAUCUUUUAUUUAUUCAGAUGUGAACAUUUAUUUAUCCUCUUCCUUUUAUACUUGAUUUAUUGAAUUUUGUUUGUUUUUUCAAGUUUUUGCCUGAGCACGUUUUGUAAGUUAAAAGUGCUGUGAAAGCAGCCUAAAUUAGGCACAAACAUGCAGAGACUCUGAUGUGUUACUGCAAGACAACUGCACGGACUGAACAGGGCUGUGUGCAGUGUAUGAAUGUGAGUGUGUGUGUGUGUGUGUGUGUGUGUGUGUGUAUGUGUGUGCCCGUAUCUAUGUGUGUAUAAAUGUUUGUUAGUUCAGUUCCAGUGGAAUGUGAGACAGAGUGUUUUUCUCUUCACUGUGAUCACAACAGUGGAAGUGAUGUAUAUGUGUAUUACUAUAUAAAACAUACAGUUC